UUAAAGAAGAGCAGCAUCUCCUCUCACAGCAGACCAGUCCAACAGUUUAGCAGUAGCUGUGAAUCUAACUACUGAAGAGAAGGUGAAGAUGAACUCUGCUGCAUUUUCCUGUGCAUUUUUUCUGCUAUUUCUGGGCCAUUGUUUAGCCUCCAAGCAACAAGUGGACAUCUAUGAAAAUCUCUGGAACAACAACAUGGACAUUGCCAACAAAACGCUCCAUCUCGAUUUCUUGGUACAAAUGCAGAACGGCAGCCUGCAGGCUGAGCGCUACGUUAACUUCACCCUGCAGGACAUCAACUACCUGCUGAAAGUGACUGAGAUGCUAAAGCAGAUGAGCCAGACGGUCAAACGUCCACAUGACCUGAGCGAUUUCAUGAAAGGCCGAUAUAAUAGUUACAAGAGCUUUGCAGACUCAUUCCUCAGCCAGUAUUUCCUCAAGGCCGCACCACCCAUCAGUCCCACACCAGCCAUGAAGAAGUAUCUGUCUGACUACAAUGCAGUGAUGAAUGUGAAAGAUCCAAUCUACUUCACUGUGUCUCUCUUGCCCUGCUCCAGGCUUUGGCUCUGGCUAGCUAAUAACUUAGACAUCCCCAAAACCAAUGCCUACUACACAUGGAAAGAAGGCAAUAUGAGUGGCCACCCUGAAAAGCAUUACAAGGACAUUCUGAACAAGCACCUGAACACAGAUAAGAAAGUGCAGAAGGCCAACCGCAUCUUCCGAAUGCAAAUGCAGAAUGAGCAUGACUUCUUUGCCACCUCUUGAGCCAAUUAUUAAUUAAUAGUGCCAAAAAGGGUUCUAUUGAGAUGAUUUAAUAUGAGAAAUAUUUUAGGAUGCAUUAAGAAUCUUUCAGUGGGUAAUAAAAAAUUAUAUAAAUUGGACGGUUCUGGUGUUUCUUCAGCACUGCUGUUACAACGUAUUUUUGGCAUCCUUAUUUUUAAACAUGUAAGACCUGUAAUUUGGCAUACAGAGCCUUUUUUAUUCAUCUUAAAUGUGUAAAUAUGCUGCAAAUGAAUAAAACACCCAUUACCAGC